CCACCGAAGUUCCUAAAUAUCUAGCCAAGCUGAUUAAACUUCCUUCAUUCCUUGUUGCCUUCUCUCCCUACGUACAAUCUCCUUCCAAUGGAAGACUUCAAUGCUUGGCUCUCCUUCCCAAUCCAUGGGAGUCUCAACCAUGAUCUCGCUAUUAGAAGGUUCUGUCCAGCAAGACUUGAGCAAGAACAAGGAGGAGGAGAGUGGGAGGAGAUACUGAAUGAGAUUCAAUUUUGUUCACCGUCUGAUGAUUCAACCAGCACUCCUUGCUUGCCUGCUUCUGAUGUUGAUGAGUUUGUUGACAGCUUCAUCAACAUGGAUCACUGCAAGGAUAUCGACGACGAUUAUCAGUCCCUGGAGAAACAACAAAAGAGUUUUGAUUACUUCCAAGAUGGGAUCCAGACAUUUUCAAUGGUGGAUGAUCUAUAUGGAGAUGUCAUGAUGAUGAUGGAAGGAGAUGAUCAGAUGGAGAUGUGUGGCUCAGUUGAGGAUUUCGGAGUUGUAGAUGAUCAAACUACUAUGGUGCCUAGUGUUGAAGCGGUGAGCCAUGGUGUGGACCAAGGGCUUCACUUGGUGCACAUGUUACUGGCUUGUGCUGAAGCUGUGGGGUGCAGAGAUACAAGGCUUGCAGAUUCAUUGCUCACCCAAAUCUGGGCUUCGGUUAGUCCAUUCGGUGAUUCCUUGCAGAGAGUCUCAUACUGCUUUUCAAUGGGGUUGAAGUCUAGGCUCUCUCUUCUUCACAAUGUGAACCUAAAUGGUACAUUCAACAAUGAUACUAUGGAUGUGUCGCUGAUCGCUAGGGAGGAGAAAUUGGAGGCUUUUCAACUCCUUCACCAGACGACUCCUUACAUAGCUUUCGGUUUCAUGGUUGCGAAUGAAGCUAUUUGUCAAGCAGCACAAGGGAAGGAGAGCUUGCACAUCAUUGAUUUGGGAAUGGAGCACACUCUUCAAUGGCCAUCCUUGUUAAGAACCCUGGCAUCAAGACCCGAAGGCCCACCUAAGAAGCUCCGUAUCACCGGUCUAGUUGAAGAUCACAAUGUCUUAGAGCUUGACGCUGGCAUGAGAGUCCUGGUGGAAGAGGCUCGUUCACUUGGCAUACCAAUAGAAUUCAACAUGAUCUCAGAGCCGGUAAAACCAUCACUUCUGACUAAAGAGAAUCUAGACUUGAGAGAAGGGGAAGCAUUAUGUGUCAAUAGCAUAAUGCACCUGCAUAUGUAUGUCAAAGAGAGCAGAGGAUCUUUGAAGGCAAUCCUCCAAGCCUUCAAGAAGUUAGGUCCAAGUGUGCUUACAUUGGUAGAGCAAGAUGCAAAUCACAACGGGCCGUUUUUUCUUGGGAGAUUUCUCGAGUCUCUUCACUUUUAUUCUGCAAUUUUUGACUCUCUCGAGGUGAGCCUUCCACGAAACAGCCCUCAGAGGAUGAAAAUAGAGAGACUUCACUUUGCAGAUGAAAUUCGGAACAUUGUUGCGUUUGAGGGAUUAAAUAGGGUUGAGAGGCAUGAAAGGGCAGACCAAUGGAGAAGGCAAUUAGGCAGAGCUGGGUUUCAAGUUAUGGGAUUGAAGUGUACAAGUCAGGCUAGGAUGAUGCUAUCUGUUUAUGGCUGUGAUGGGUACAGUUUGGCUAGUGAGAAGGGUUGUCUCCUCCUAGGGUGGAAAGGAAGGCCUAUAAUGUUGGCAUCUGCAUGGCAAGUGAACAAUGCCUCUAACUCUUAGCCUCCUCCAUGAUAUAAUUUGCAGCUGAUAUGGUUAGUCCACUAGUAAAAUCAUUUUU